AUGACCGAUGAUAACAACAGCGACAAGCAGGAUGUCUCCGCCGUCGAGAUGCUACGUCGUAUCCAGACAGCGGAGAGUGUCCUCCUUCCCAUCCCACGCGACGCCUUUGAGAAGCUGUAUCUCAGCCCGAAGCUGCCAGCAGCUGGUAAUCUGCGACGAACUUUUGGUAACCCGACUCCGAUCUCGCUGAUGGGCUUCUUGCUUGCUGCAACUCCCGGUGCAAUGCAGACCUUGGGUUGGCGUGGCUCUGGUGGUAACGGAGGGGCUAUACUGCCUGUCUUCAUUUUCUUCGGCGGUAUGGUCCAGAUCCUCGGUGGUCUUGGAGAAUGGAUUAUUGGAAAUACAUUCUCCUGUGCCCUCUUUUUCACAUAUGGAACCUUUUGGAUUGUUCAAGGCACGACUCAGAUGCCAUUCUUCGGCGUUGGCACCAAUUACUCUGCUACAGGCAAUACAAUUGAGGGAGCAAAGACACCAGAAUAUGCCGCUACCGUUGGUCUUUACUACGUGAUCCUCUCUAUCUUGACAUUCGUCUACCUGAUCUGCUCUAUUCGGACAAAUUUUUGUCUUUUCCUCGCCUUGUUCCUUCUCCAGGCUGCUGGUGCAUUCAACUUGGCCCUUUGUAUCCCAAUUUGGCAUAUCUUUAUCGCACAGAUGCUCGAGGCAGUUGAUUUCCCCUUUGAACUUCCGGUGGGCGACUUGAGCACCGUCGUACUGGGAAGAUCCCAGAGAAAGAAGCGCGAGGCCGAAACCUAG